AUGAUGACGCAGCCAUCGGAACAAAACACCCGAACGUCGUCGUUUUCGCAUUCCACAACCCCGGUGGAUUCCAGCGGCAGGGCCACCGUUUUCCGGCCAUUCUCUCUCUCAUCACCGCAUUCACGCAACUUUCACCUCGCGUGGCUCUCACUAUUCUCCUGCUUCUUCUCCACCUUCUCUAUCCCUCCUCUCCUCCCCGUCAUCUCUUCCGACCUCCGCCUCUCUGGUUCCACCGUAUCCGCCGCAGGAAUCGCCUCCUUCGCCGGCUCUAUCUUCUCCCGCCUCGCCAUGGGCCCACUCUGUGAUCUCAUAGGACCACGGACUUCCUCGGCGAUCCUAUCUCUCCUCACCGCUCCCGCCAUCCUCUCCACCGCACUAGUCUCCUCUUCGGCCUCCUUCAUCCUCGUCCGUUUCUUCGUCGGUUUCUCGCUCGCCAAUUUCGUCGCUAAUCAGUAUUGGAUGUCCUCCAUGUUCUCCGGUAACGUCGUCGGUCUCGCUAAUGGCGUCUCAGCCGGUUGGGCAAACGUCGGCGCCGGUAUCUCUCAGUUUCUUAUGCCUCUUCUCUACUCUGCCAUGGCUGAAUUCUUCCCACGCUCCGUCGCCUGGCGCGUGUCUUACAUUUUUCCCGCCAUUUUCCAAGUGAUAACCGCCGUCCUCGUCCUUCUCUACGGCCAAGAUACUCCCGACGGUGAUAGAAAAACGUCGAGUCAAAAUAAAGCCAAAAAUCCAGAGGAGGAGGAAGAAGAAGAAGAACAUUCCAAUUUUCUCGAAAUCCUUAUCGACGGUCUUGGAAAUUACAGAGCAUGGAUCCUAGCGCUACUGUACGGGUACUCGUUCGGUGUGGAGCUCACGACGGACAACAUGAUCGCCGGAUAUUUCUACGAGCGAUUCGGUGUGAAUCUCGAGGCGGCGGGAACGAUCGCGGCGAGUUUCGCGAUAUCGAACGUUGCGUCGCGACCGGCGGGAGGGAUGGUUUCGGACAUGCUGGGGAGGAGAUUCGGGAUGAGAGGGAGGCUCUGGGGACUCUGGGUCGUACAAUCGGUGGCUGGAUUGUUGUGCGUGUUACUCGGACGAGUCAACUCGCUCUGGGGAUCAAUCGCCGUCAUGUGGGUCUUCUCUGUAUUCGUUCAAGCUGCUUCUGGUCUCGUAUUUGGCGUCGUUCCCUUCGUCUCCACCAGAUCUCUAGGCGUGGUGGCGGGAAUGACGGGAAGCGGCGGCACAGUAGGAGCGGUGGUAACGCAGCUUUUGUUGUUUUCAGGAGAUGGUGUUCGAAAGCAGAGAAGCAUUUCACUUAUGGGUCUAAUGACUUUUGUUGUUUCUCUGUCUGUUACACUUAUUUACUUUCCACAGUGGGGUGGAAUAUGUUGUGGUCCUUCUCCUUCCGAAACCGAUGAUUUAUCCCAGCGACUCCUUGUACAUGACGAACAGGAAGACGAUAAAGUGAUAAGUGGUACACUACGUCCCGUUUGUUGA